AUGGGUGGUGUUGUGAAUGCAGUAUUAUUCCAAAGGCGUUCAACAGACCGAUGUGUCCUCAUUUACCAUUCCUCCAAACUCGACACGGUCGAGACAGGACAAAGUUUGUGUGCCCGAUACGUUGCAGCUGUAGCGAAAGCCAUUGACAAAACCAGCCAUGUCGUCAUGGGACAUCCAACUCAGAUUCACACCCAGCAUGGAGUUGCCGCUUUCCUCCAGAGCAAAGAGUUCACCUUCAGUGCAGCCCGGAAGACCAAACUUCAGGUCCAGUGCACUCAGUCACACAUAACCUUUGUUCCAAGCAUCAACAACAUGGCGACCAACAUUACAAGUGGAACACCCCAUGUGUGUGGAGAACUUGCGAUCAAGGAAAACAAGCUCAGACCAGACCUGAGUGCAGAUCCCAUUCUGAAUGCUGAUGCCUGGCUGUACACGGACGGUUGCUGCUACAAAGGAGAAGAUGGCAAUGUGGCCGCCUAUGCUGUAGUGCAGCAACACCCAGAUGGAAGUCACACCACCUUGGAAGCUGCAAUCAUUCCUCAGCCAGCUUCAGCUCAGUUAGCUGAAGUCACAGCCCUCACAAGAGCCCUAGAGUUGGGGCAAGGGCAAAUUGUAAAUGUCUACACUGACUCUGCAUACGCACAUGGUGCCGUUCAGCUUGAUGGCCCGUCCUGGAUGAGACGAGGCUUCCUGACUACCGGUGAUCAACCGAUCAGACAUCAAGUUCCAAUGAGACGCCUCCUGAGUGCAGUUCUGUUGCCCAGACGCCUGGCUGUCAUGAAGUGCAAAGGACACGACACCAACCAAACCAGAAUCAGUGCUGGAAAUAAUGCAGCUGACCAAGCUGCCAAGGAGGCAGGAGGUUACACGCCGCCUCAGAUGGUCAUGGCAUCCCCCAGCCCAGCUCAGUUCACGGAACUCACUGAAGACACGCUCAUCCAAAUACAGGAAAAAGCUGGACCGUCUCCAGGGCCCUGGCGACUGAUCCGGAGGAAGCUGCAGGACCAAAGGUAA